UUCUUCUUCUGCGUCAAACCCAUUCGCGUUUUACCCCAAAAGAAGAAAGAUUGAAGAAGGUAGUAUUUUGAAGGCAUAAAGAGGCUGGUUGUGGGACUACUUGAUGGUGUGUGUCUGAGUUUUGGUGUGUACUGGAAUUCUGUAGCUUAUCUGGUAGCUCAUGUGGCCUUUGUAUUUUCUGUUAAAUAAGAUUCCUAAAAUUGAAGAGGAAGGGAGAGAAAAAUUCAUUGAAUCUAAUGGAGAUCAGAUAAGUGUGGCAGAAUGCUGCCCUUUUCAGCUAUCAUCAAACGACGGAACAGGUUGCAAUGCGGUGUUGCCUUCGCAUUUUGUUGAGGUUCCUCAUAUAAAGCAGCUCUUCUCUUGGGAUUGUGGACUUGCUUGUGUGUUGAUGGUUCUGACAGCAAUUGGUAUUAACGACUAUAGUAUUCAGGACUUAGCAGAACUAUGUGCAACAACAAGCAUUUGGACAGUUGACCUUGCAUAUUUACUGCAGAAAUUUUCUGUUAGUUUUUGCUAUUUCACGGUAACCUUUGGAGCAAACCCAAAUUACUCUAUUGAGACAUUUUACAAGGAGCAGCUGCCUAAUGAUCUGGGGCGAAUAGAUAUGCUAUUCCAAAAGGCAGUGGAAGCUGGAAUCAGUAUAAAGUGCAGGUCAAUUGGCAGAAAGGAAAUUUGUCAAUGGAUGUUAUCAGGGAAAUAUAUAGCUAUUGCUUUAGUUGACCAGCAUAAGUUAAGUCGUUUUUGGUUGGGAGAUGUUACUGUUUUAGGAUUCCAUGACAGUCACACAGAGUACACUGGUCACUAUAUUCUGAUAUGUGGCUAUGAUGCUGGCAAGGAUGAGUUUGAGAUUAGAGAUCCUGCAAGUUCUGGGAAACGUGACAGGAUCUCAUCAAAGUGCCUCGAAGAAGCACGCAAGUCUUUUGGCACUGAUGAAGAUCUCCUCCUGAUAUCGCUUGAGGAAAGCACCAAGCAGAAAAGCUAUCCAGUAUAACUUCCUCAUGGGUUUCCCACAUUGUUCAGCUACUGGUACAAUCAUUCGCUGCACAUAUUUCAAACUGGUGUGUAUGGUAUGCAUUGUUAAAGAAAAUUUUAGUUUCACAAAUUUUACUCACUAUUGUUUCGUUUUUCACUAAUGAUUACAUGCAUUGUGUUGUAAAAGAACAUUCAUUACAAGCAUGUUUGUACAUUAUGUAUGUAAAUGUACAAUCAAUUGCUUAACCUUUUUUCUUUUCUUAAUAGUUAGGUGUUUCUGAUCCAAUUUUCACGCACGCUUUGGACAUGAAGCUUUUAUAGUCUUAAAUCAAUGUAGAGUUGGAUGAUUUACUUUUUACCUCCUGACUAAAAUAAAGUUUUAAAGUUAGGAGUACGUACAAAUGGCAUAAACUUUGUUGACUGAAUCACCAGCAAAUGAUAGUGGUAAUGAGCACAUUAAAUUAAAGCAUUGUUUUAAG